GAAACCUUUUAGCUGGAAAUUCUUUCAAACUUUCUUUUUCCCCCUCCACAACCUUCCUCUUUCUUUGCCUUCUGCCAAACAAACACAACACAACAAACAACAACUCCAUCAACAAUACAAUAACAUUUGUAUUGGAGAUUCUUUCAGUAGAAGAAAUUCCAUUUAAAAAGGUCCACUCUUCUCCAGUCCCAUCUAUCCCAAAUCGUCGGAAUCAAACAAAUCCUACAGCUCACAAAUCAAAUUUGUCCGAGAACACGUCAAGCAAGCACUUUUGCUUUUCGCUCUUGUACUUGUCGGAUAUCCAACCUUCAGACGUCAAAUCUCUCCAGCUUGCAUAUUCCACUAUCGGAAAGAAACUCCAUCUUUGCCAACAAGGAUUUUCUUCCCUUGAACUCUUCACCCAAAGCUAUCAGCACGUACAGUGAUACAUUUGCGUUAUAUGUAUCUCACACCCAACGCCAACGACCUCAGACAUCAGCCGCCCCUCGAGCUGCAACCAUUUCGCAUACCGCGGAAACCUUGUAGUUCUUACUUCAGUAGCAACGGCUAAGUAUUAUCCUACGAUUCGAAUGUUCCCGUAACCACCAACCAAAUUUUACCAACCUCAACCGACUUUGCCAUUUCAACGAGUUCAACUCUUCUGCAUGUUAUAUUUCAGAUCAUCGCAUUAUCUAAACAACACCUGCACGCCUUAACCUUGACGAAAAUACACAAUUCGACUCAACAUUACCCAUUAGCAAUCAUGGCUACCGUCAAUAUCCGCCGCGAUGUCAAGGACAACUUUUACAGAUACAAGAUGGAGAAGAUCCAAUCCAAAAUUGAAGGAAAAGGCAACGGUAUCAAAACCGUCAUCGUCAAUCUCACCAGCAUCGCCAAUUCAUUGGCCCGCCCAGGGGCAUAUGUCAUCAAGUAUUUCGGCUUCGAACUCGGGGCUCAAACCAACACCAACCCUGCCGAUGAUCGUUGGAUUAUCAAUGGUGCUCACGAAGCAAGCAAAUUGCAGGAUUAUUUGGAUGGCUUCAUCAAUAAGUUUGUGCUCUGCAAAGAGUGCAAGAAUCCUGAAACUGAAGUGAUCUUCAAAGAUGGGAACAUCGUCUUGGAUUGUAAGGCAUGCGGCAAACGUUCGAUGGUUGACCCUAGACUUAAGUUGAGCGGCUUUAUCUUGAAGACUCAACCAAAGAAGGGCAAGAAAGACAAAGCAGAAAAGAAGGCAGCUCGUAAAGCUAAAGCAGACAAGGGCGAAGCCAAGGACAACGAAAAUGCUAGUGGUAGCGAGAACGCAUCCGAAAAUGGAUCAAAUGACAACAAUGGCAACGGCGACGUCGCACUCGAUGCUCCAAGUGAUGAUGAGCUCGUUCGCCAAGCAGAAGAGCUUCAACAGUCUACUGAAGUUAAAGACGAUGACUGGGCAGUAGACAUGUCCCCAGAAGCUGUUAAGGCCCGUCAGCAACAGCUCCCUGAUGAUCUCAAGCAAAAGCUCGUCUUGGGUGGCGGUGGUGGGGACGAGGACGAUGAUGAAGAAGGUGGCGGAAACUCUACCUAUGAUCAGCUUGCAAACUGGAUUGAAGAACAGACUGCGGAGAAAGGUGAUGUCAGUAAGGUAGACGAUCUUCAAAUCUAUCUUAAGGCGAAAGAGCUAGGAAUCGAGGCGAAGCACCGCACUCUCGUUAUUCUUGCUCUUACACUCUUCGAUGACAACAUUGUGAAGCAAAUUCCAAAGCGAGCAGGCAUGCUUAAGAACAUGGUCACUUCUGAGAAACAUGAAAAGUCUCUCCUCGGUGGAAUUGAAAGAUUUAUUGGCCUCCGCGGUCAAAAGAACUCUGAAUUCUACGACAAAACAUCCAAUAUCCUCAUGGUUCUCUAUGAUCAGGAACUCCUCAGCGAAGAAGUCAUCACUAAGUGGGGUACUAAAGCCAGCAAGAAAUAUACCAAUGAUCUUGCCGUAAGCAAGAAAGUUCGCAAGUCAGCAGAGGGGUUCUUGAAAUGGUUGGCAGAGGCUGAGAGCGAUGAUGAGGACUCCGAGUAACAGGGUAAAAGUACCUUGAUCAAGUCCUUCAAGAGUGUCUUCUUUCAUUUCUAAAGUCUUGUCUUACAUAGUGUCAUUGUUAGGCCUUUAUGCUAUCUCGAGUAUCACGGGCUUAAAUACAUUCCAUAAAUCAUUUGUCUUGGUUGGUUGCUGCUGUCUUGAGGAUUGUCUAGCAUCUCUCAAAAGUCCCACACGUUGCUAAUAAACAAAUAUAUUCCA